GGGCUGAGCGUUGAGCAGCUCCGGGCCAAGUUGCGUGAGGAGGAGCUUGCCAAACGCCGACAAGCCGCUACGUCCGCAGGGCCAUCGGCACAGGCUAUCAGCAAUGGGAAAAGCUCGUCGACGUCGACGGCUGGCGCUAGUAUUGCAGGGUCGUCUCCUUUGUCCCAGCCUAGAGCGCGUAAAGACAGUUCUCCCGUUAAGCCACUCUCGCAACUUUUCAAUCUUCCAAAGCUGCUCUCUACCCCGCAUACGCCCGCUCAGAUCCAAGCGUUAUGGACAGCAUAUCACGCCUCGCGCUCCUCCGGCACCGGCCGCGGCUUCCUCUGCGCAACCGUACCAGCGCCGACCUACGAGCAGAUGCUCACCCGCGCACGGCGCUACCCAUCCUUUAUCCUCCCCCUCCCCCGUACCACAACAGACCCACAGCAGCGGCCGGACGGUGGCGACCAGGCUCACGAGUUUUUCUACAUGCAGUGGGCGUUCCACGGCGCUCCGGCGACACCGACCUACGAGUCCGAGACCGCGCUUUUCCCCGUCUCGUCUUCGGCAAGCGGAGGAGAAGCAGCGAACCCGCACACGUCUACGGUGCUCUUCACUCCCCUGGGCGAAUACAAACUCCGCCAGACGUUCGCGACGCCGCACCUCGUACUCACAUUCUACCCCGACCUCGCGCGCUCGCACGGCGUCGUCCUCCUCCGCGGCGAGAUCACGCCCUCAGCGGCCUCGGCCGGAGAGGGGGCUGGGGCUGGCGACGUGCGGUACCUGCUCGGUCAGGAGGACGCUCAGAUGCUGGCGAUGGGCGUGCAGAAGUUUUACCUGUGGGGAGAGCAGCAGGGCGAGACAGUGGAGGGGAGGAGGAAGGCGGAGGAGCUCUUGAGGGUGUUCCACGAGGAACCGGAGAAAUUCCAGUGGGAGGAGUUGCUAGCGGAGGCAAAGUUGACGCCGUAG